CAAUCUCCCGUCGGCGAGGGGAAGGUAACACCGGCAGCGCCACUCUGGGGGGACGCGCGUAGCUCUGCAGUGGGUUUCUUUCUACCCUGCAACAGCACAACUCCAUGGGGCAGCCCCAGAACCCCUUAGCCCUCCAUGCCCCUAAUGGGGCGGGUAGAAUUAGUACUGCCCUACGGAACACACACCAUCAUUCUGUAGCGAGAGGGGAACAGAAACCUUCGCCCUUACAGAGUACCGGUGGCCGGAUUGGCCGCGCCAGCUGCCAAUCUCGGCGGGCGGAGUGGGAGGUGUUGCAAUCGCCCCUCGCUUACGUGCUACACGUAAACGAAAGAGGUUCUGGGUCAGCCUACUGCUAGUUACCGUCCGCUCGUGCCGACACAGGUUCACCUUGCCCUUAAUCCCUGCGAAGACCUGUUGGAAACACCUUCUAGAAACAAUCUUUUUCAGUGUCUUAAUAAAUUCUGUUGUGUCCAAGAAGAGCCUGUCCAAAUGAGCAAGACAUCCCAACAGAACACCACUGCAGAUGCAAACGGAGUAAGUGUGAUUCACACUCAAGCACACACCAGUGAUUUGCAGCAGGUUCCCCAGCUGGUGCCUGUUAGUCCUGGUGGUGGAGGCAAAGCUGUGCCUCCGAGUAAACAGGGAAAGAAAAAUUCCUUUGUGGAUAGAAACAGUAAUGAGUAUCGUCAGCGAAGAGAGCGAAACAACAUGGCAGUGAAAAAGAGCCGGUUAAAAAGCAAGCAGAAAGCACAAGACACGCUGCAAAAAGUCAACCAGCUAAAACAUGAAAAUGAACGUUUAGAGGCAAAAAUUAAACUCCUGACCAAGGAGCUGAGCGUACUGAAAGACUUGUUCCUUGAGCAUGCGCACAACCUUGCAGACAAUGUGCAAACUGUUGGCACUGAAACCACCACAACAUAUCCAGAAAACAGUGGACAGUAGACACUGUUGCAACAUUAAGAAAUGAACUCUCAAGAUGCAGCUUAUCUGCAAUGCCCAUGCAGUAGCCAAGCAAAAACUCUGUUCUUUGAACCAUCAUUUUGUGGUGAUUUUCUUCUUUUUAAGUUUAAAACUGAAGAAUUGAUACAAUUAAAUGAGAAACUGCUUAGGGUAUUCAUUUUAAGUAUUUUUCUCCUCUAGAAGAUGUAUUUGAUAAAUGCAGAUCUAAAUUCAUAGUCAACAAGGAGCUUAGUAUUAGGGAAGUAGCAUUUUCACAGAAAUGUUUGCUUACUUACCUUCUUAUAGUUUGCAUAAUGGGAGGAAUCCAGCAGGAUGGUUCACUGUAGCAUCAGAAACUCAUAAUUGGAUAAAAUGUCUUUUAAAUAACUUAGAGUAUUUAGGACCUUUGUUUUCCCCCUUGCAUAUUACCGAACUGCAAAGGCUGUGGAGGGUGUUUGGUUUCCUGUGUGGUGGACAACUUUAAAUCAGUAAAGCAAGUCCUAUAACACACCACUUAGGUCUUUCCUGUCCUCUUAUAGUUAAUGGGAAGGGUGUGUAGUAAUAAUGAGCUGGGACGCUUACUGAUGUUUUCUAGAAAAUUAGCUAUAUAUUUAGGUGAUCUUGCCCCUCUGCUCUCGUGAGACCCCACUUGGAGUACUGUGUGCAGUUCUGGCAUCCUCAACACAAGAAGGACAUGGAGCUGUUGGAGCAAGUCCA